UACACAUACCGCCGCCAUCGCUCAUCGUUCAUCGUUCAAUACAUCUCAUCUUUCUCCAUCCAAGACACUCUCAAUCACACUAUCUCUCAAAUCGUCUCACUCAGUCUCUCUCUCUCUCUCUCCAUCUCCGUUGCCAUCUUUACUCUUCACACCCCUACUCACAACUGCUCUUCCCUCUUGAACUGCCCUCUUCACCAUUCAUUGACUCCCAACAAGAUACAGCUACCCCUACCCAUAUUCUGUCCACAGAUUUACUCAUCCCAGCAUGAGCGGAGGCUAUAACCGCGGCGGGUACACCCCGCAACAGCGCUACACCUCUACGGCUCCCACGUUCGACACCCCCAGCUUCCGUCCACCCAUGCCGCCAGCCGGCCUCCCGCCAUUUCCACCGCGCAACUUCCCCACGCCUCCCGUCCCCCCUAUGCCGCCCGCCUCUUUUCGCUCCCCAUACGAGGACUACAAUGCCUCGUACACACCACCGCAAAGCAAAACGAGCCAGCCUGGCGAAGCAUAUGAUCCUUACGAUCCACUGGCGCCUGCCCUGCGCUCGACACCACAAACCAUGUCAUAUUCAGGCCAGCAGGCAAGGUCGCGAAGCCCGUCAGGAUCUUCAUUCCGUGGUCCCUCCCGCGCUGGUGACUUUCAAGAGCUCUCACUUUUGACAUCACCCACCACCCUUACGAUUGGGGAUCUCACGACCUCGGUCUAUUCCCUCCCACCAAGUCAUCUUCCCAUCACAAAGUACGCCACCGUUAACCCCGGUGACGCCAUUGAUCUCCACCGCGCCAUCUGCCAGUCGGGCAUGACUCACGCGGUCUGGUACGCGGAUGGCCAGACUCGCGGGGGUGAGGGUUGGGGCGGGGCAGUUGAGUGGGUGCUCGAGACGAGCAUGUCUGGGUCCAAACUGCGCACAUGUGCAGGCCAGAACGACGCCUUGGGCGCUGAGCUCACGGCGAUCAACAAGGCGGUCGAAGGCUUCCGCGAUCACCUUCAUCAAUCUAUCAAGACGCAAAACCCUAUGUCGCACGAGUUUGUGCUGUUUGUGAGCUCGGUUGCAGCGCUUGUUAGCAUCGACACGUCAUCCCGUCCCGAGAGCCUGCAGUUCUGCAAACUGUGGCGGGAGAUCUGCACCGAGUUUCUGAAAGCGCACCUCACAAUCGUCCACCUCCCAAAGGGCAGCGAUGUCGAGGGCUACAUUCUGGCAGAGAAGAUUGCCAAGGUUGCGGCAACCAACAGUUUCGCGAGGCGCAAAAAAGAACGCACGCUUGACGAGUUCUACAAUCGCCCAGGAGGCGGCGAUCCUGCUCCAGGAGGGAGCACUGAGGCCGGGGCGUGGCAGCGUGGCGACGCUGAUCCCUCCCGCCGCAAGUCGCCCUUUGAACGUCCCAAGCCUCUCUCCAACAUGUCGCCCGAGCGUCUCAGCCCCGCCCUUCCGCCCGCCCUGGAUGCGUCUACUGGACGCAAGACGACUCCCCCACCUCGCGGCAAUUCGCAUGACGCUCCGUCCCGCCGCCGGAGCCUCUCUCGUGACAUCCCUUCGCCCCACUCUCCAAGAGAAGAUGCUCGCUCCAGUCAGCUCGAAGGCGGGGAGGACGACAUCCAGCCUCGCAGAGACGAGCUUCUUAUCACCAACUUCCCGGCGCAUGCCUGUGCCAAAGAUCUGGGGAUGUUGUUUGUCCAGCAUGGUGACAUCACCUCAGUCGACAUAUUUUCUGUGGGGCCGGGCUUGCCUCGAUUUGCCUUUGUCGCCUAUGCGGACCUUGGGGACCGCUUCAAGGCCAUUGAGGCUUUUCACAAACGCCCCAUCGACCUGGACUCACCAUUCGCCCGCGAGAAUGCCGCAGAACUUGAGGUCUGGAAGGGCUGGAACGGCACUCUGACUGUCGUCCACUCAGACCCCGAGCGCCUUGUGCCACUGAGCAUCGCCAGGGACUAUCCUAACCUCCCUCCUUACGCGACUCAACGCAGAGUGAAGACAUCGGCUUUCAAGCGCGAGCAUGACCAUGAAGCCGCCGAGACGACUCCGCCUAUGAAGAAGCUCCGGGCGGGUUCUGACUCCGCUGAUCAAUCGUCCUUACCCCCUACGCGCCCCUCUGGUACGCCUUCGCGGCCGGGCUUUGACGCCUCUGACCCGAUGCCGCCCCGCCCGACGAACAGGUCCGAGCCCACUCACCAGGUCACUCCUCCUCUGACGUCGGCUUCUGCCUCAGCGUCACUGACGCCUGACGACGGCUGGGUCAAGAUAAGCGGCAAGACAUUGCAGGCUCAAAUCGACCUCGUGCAGAAUGUCUUUGUGAAGCACGAUCGUGACAACUGGAUCGCGCAUACUUGCCUCAUUGCAACAGACCUCGACCAGGUCCGCCGAUCACUUCAGGCAGACCUGUACGCAACGGACGAGGCCGCGAUCUUGUGCCGAGAUCUGGAGUCGAAGCUGUCUGCGCGUGGCUUCACCCUCGCACGCAUGGACACAGUCGUGUCCAGGGUCCUGAAGGUGUUGGACAACAUGGCGGCUGAGGACGAAGCGGAGAACGGUGGCCCGCCACCGCAGCAAGAACUUGACAGUUCACGCCUCCAGGACGAGCUCACUCACGUCCUGCGCGAUUACCCGCGAGAGACGCGCGAGGCCAUGGCCAGUGCCGCCACUGUGCUCGAGUACCUGAACCGCGGCAAGGAUGCACAGGAGGCCAAGCGCCUCGAGGCUGAGCGUCGCGCCGGCGUGUUGGAAGGUAUGGUGCAGAAGGGCGAGCAGGUGACGGGUGUGGUGAAGUUCUUGCUGUCAGGCUAGCGGAUACUCCUGUUUGAGUAAAGGUCACAUUGUGUAGUCAACUAGUCAACAUAAGGCAAUCGGCAUGGAUGUAACAUGUCCUGUAUGAGAGGGAGGACAGCUCUAGUACGUGGUCAGGUGAGGUGUGGUGAGCACUUGGUGGUGUUUGAGCCUAGAUUUGAUCAUCACGCUUCGACCGAUUUGAAUGAAGGUGCUCUGAGUGGACUAAUUCACACCCAACCACGCCUCCCUCGCGAAACAACCUUGCUCGGCACCUUCCAGAAACAAGUAGCA